AUGAAACCAUUGAGAUUUGUCAAGGCUGCCAUAACAAAGCCACAAUAUUACAAAACUUAUGGAGCUUAUGGCGCUUCUGGUUUUAUGCUUGCUGUUUACUUUUGUGACUGGAAAGCUGUUGGACAAUAUAUCCCUCUUUGGAAUGAACAUUUUAAAAUGGAUCCAAAUAUUGUUGAAAGUUUUCUUACAGAAGUUUUAGCCUUUUUUGAACAAGGCAUAUGUUAUGAUGAUGAUGGAGAAAAGAAUCUUGCAAUUAAAAUGUAUAAACAUGGUUUAGAGUUAUUAGAAGAAGCAGAAAAAAUACCAGAAACAAAAAAUCAUGAAUUAUUUGAUAUGAUAUGCGAAGCUAAAAAAAAAGUUAUUUUAAGAUUGAGUAAUUUAGAAAAAAAUUUAGAUACUAAUAAUAUAAAAAAAAUUAAUUAUGAUGAUAUUUCAAAUGAUGAAAUGAUUAAAGUUAUUAAUAUUUCUGGAAGUGAAAGUUCCAAAACAAAUUCAAAAGAUGGAAAAAAUUUAAAAGAAUCAGUUGAUAAUGAAGCUGAAGUAAUUUUUUUUAUACCUGAAGGUGUACAAUUAUUUGUAAUAGAUGGAGAAUCUGCAUCUAUUCCUACCUAUCCUACAUCUCUUCAAAUAUUAAAAUUCAAGGAAAAAUCUCCAAAAAUAAAUGAAAAUAUUAAAAAAUUCAAGCCUGAUGCUUUUAUUCAAGUAGGGCCAUGGGUUUAUCCAUUAAUACCUGGGAAGACACCUGUUCUUAAAAAUGAAUUUAAUAUUUAUGUUGUUCCAAACCCAACUGAAGAACAACCUACAAUGUGUGUAGGUAUUAUGAUUCCAGAUACACUAGGAGAAGAUGUAAAAAAAAGUUUUGAAGAAACAUUGAAUGCUUUUACAGAAAUAAGAGUAAAUGACAAUGAUGAAAUGAAAAAUAUGUCUAAAGAUGAAAGAAAACGAUUUAGUCAAAAAAUUGCAAAACUUUUUAUUAAAGGUGGUGAUAAAAUUGCAGGUGGAAUAUAUUCAUCUACUCAGAAAGUUUCAAGUAUUAUACAAAAAACUGGUGAAAAACACAGAAGUAACAUUCAACCAAAUGAUAAUCCAGCUAAUAUUAAUCCUGUUAUUAAACAUUCUAUUUUUUAUAUCCAUAAAGGAAGUAAAAUGUUUGCUAAAGUAACAAGAGGGUUACUUGAUGCUGUUGGAGAUAUGGGAAUGAAGAUAGGAAGUGGAAUUGCAAAUACUAUAGGUGGAAAUAAUCCUUCACGUAUAACAACUGGAACAUUUAAUAUCAUUGGAGGUGGUGUUACCGGAGUUUCAACUGUAUGGAUGUCAUUAGAAAAUGCUAGUAAAAUUCUAUUUAGAAAUAUAGCUGAUGAAACAGUCGAAAGUGUGAGAUACAAAUAUGGAGAAGAUGCAGCUACAACCACCCAUAAAGCUAUGUAUGCUGCAGGUCACACAACAAUCUCAGGUAUUCAAUUAUGGGAUUUAGGACCGAGAAGUGUUGCAGCAAGGAUGGCUAGAAAAGCAGGUGUUCAGUUUGUUCACAAUUUAAGUGGUGGAGAUUUACACUCAGAAGUAGAAGUGCCUUUGGAAAUAAAGAAAACAAAGAAAAACGAAUAA